CGGGCUGGAGGAGGAGCCCGCAGCCGCAGCCCCGACAUGGAGGAGCCCACGCCCGAGCCCGUCUUCGUGGACGUGGACAAAGGGCUGACCCUGGCCUGCUUCGUCUUCCUCUGCCUCUUCCUCGUGGUCAUGAUCAUUCGCUGCGCCAAGGUCAUCAUGGACCCGUACAGCGCUAUCCCCACGUCCACCUGGGAGGAGCAGCACCUGGAUGACUGA